CAUCAAGGCAAGUGCGGGUCCUGACAAAAAGACAACCCAUCGAAUAAGUCAAAGUGAAAAAGUAGAACAGCAAAAAGUAGGAUUUAUGUCCAGUAGCUAGGCGAGCAGCAGGUCCUUAAGCAAGUUCUUGCAGGUAGUAACCUAGGGGAACUUGCUGUAGAAUAAGUCGGUUCAGGGGCGAAACUGAGACGAUGUGUAAGUAGAGCAAGAAGUAGAACUGUUUACACUACAACAUCGAAGCAAAAAUACAGGUUGGCAUUACAACAGUGCUUGUUUGAUAAAGAUACGCGAGGUUAUUUCAGGAACCGAGCCUGCUGUGUCUAUCUUCGGAAGAAACUACUCCACUAUGCCGUACUACGCGAACGGUACCGGCCGGGACUCCUACAUCCUGGACGUGAUUCGGGGCGGUGCAGACCACAAUGCGGGUGGAAAAAACCAAAAAUAUAACAAGCCCGUGUCCUUCUACCACCAGAAGCGCUCGAACGAUCGCAACGUCCUACCCGCGGAGACUAUCCAACGCAAGUAUAAUUCAGUCUCGGCCCUCUCGAAGCUUGCAAAACUGGUACAAUACAUAGGCUUGGAUGACAUGAUGUUCAGGGGUCAAAAAUCUGCUAUGCGUGUAGCGCCGCAGCGCCAUUCGUUUGCCUUGCGAAAAUGCGAUGUCCUGGUCGUGCGGAUGACGUAGAAGUUUCUCAGAAAUUGCUCAUGCCUGUCUCUGUAGUCCACAUGUGUUACUCUUACUUUCCUAGAAAUUGCAGCACAACUCCAAGACUCUUCCGGAGGGCCCAGCAGGAGCACAUAGUACUUUAGCGUUGGAUAGAGAUGGAGCGGUCGCAAAAGCUCGUUGGACCUUUUGCCUACACCACUGCCAACCUACUCAGCAUGAACAGCAGUCUGCGGGACAGUUUGAAACGGCCGCAGAGCGCCAUGCUGUUUGGAGCUGGCGCCUCGACGUCAAAUCAUACGUAUCCUGUGCAAAAGUAUCGUACUCGUACUAAUUGCAGCCAUGCAUGGCAGAUCUAUUUUCUAAGGGAAAACAGCAUUACAAAUUGCAUUUUUCUUCUUGAGCAAAUUUGUAAUGCAAUUUAUACUAGUACGAUGCUUUUGCAUUGCAUAGUACGACCUUCGCGGCAAUGUUUGGCAGCAAAAAGUCCUCGGGGUACUUAUCAAAAGGAAAAAUCCCCCCUCCCCUUAUCGGAAUGGAAAUCUGUGAUGCCGAAAGGGACGAACAGCCCGUAGACCUCCGAUGUGAUGCAGGAUUUGUGUACAGAAAUCGGAUUCGUCUUGCGGUAGAGGACUGCAGACAGAUACAAAGCCCGGAAAGGGGUGGCUUGGGGUAGGCACUUAGCAUGGCAGACCGCAGACGUCUGCCCUAGUAGCGUAGCAGCAUUACAAAUCGCCCGCGAAAUGCAGCGGAAGCCCUGGCCUUGCUCUCUUGCAAGACAGACGGGAUUUGUGGCCACAAAUCAGCAUCACAAAUUUCGAAAAGCGCACUUCUUCGAUAUGGGGAGGGGGGAUUUUUCCUUUUGAUAGUACUUGCCGCAGAGCAGCUGCGCGAGCUUGUCGAAGUUUUCCUCACCCGCGACAGCCGCCGUGGCGCACGCGCGCGGCCUGGACCAGAAAUUUCAGCCCGCGACGCUGAUGAAAAGCACCAGCACCGCGGCGCAGCAACUCAACGCCUUCUUCGAUGAUCAGAAGAGCGUCGUCAAACCAGGAGGUCGGAUUUUCAUCUAUCUCUACAUGAAAAAUAAUUGAGUCGUGACUAUGCCGUGUGCAACUGAGAUAUUUAGUUCAAUAAGUCCGCAGCACCUGGAAGUAGAAGCCGCUUCAUUUUUUGACAAGCAUUUUAUGAACAAACUUGUUGAAAAAUAAUGCGACGUAGUGGUGGAGAUACAUCACAUCCUCGAUUGACCAGCAGGGUGCAAUGAAACAACUGUAGGUCUCGCUUCGUCUGCCGAGAACACUCCAGCGACGGUUUUAAACGCGACGAUGCCGGGGGGCGGAUUUGUCUCGACCCAGAGUUUUUCCUCCGUGCCAAACCCAUCCACGAGAACGCCGCCAAGUCAGAAGGCCGGUCAGCCGCCAAAUUUCAGUACAUCCGGAAGGCAGACGCAUCAAAUCGUCCCUCGUGCUCAGUCUGCAGAUCCGAGGAUACGGGCCGCGGCAGCUCCUGUGCACAACAACAGUGAUUACAAUGGGAGCUGCGGUCGUCCGACCCCUGCGGCAAAGUAUCGAACAAAGCAAAAUCGGGUAGUUCGGUUCUUCGCAGCAGCGAUCAGCUCGAAGUUUGAUAAAGUUGGAGACAGAUUAUGCCGUCGGUCAUGUCCGAAGUGCAUUAUGAGUUCUCGCUGUGUUUCUACAGCUUUUAUGGUACAACUUCUCGCCGGCAUUCUGUGCCCCUCGUCGGCAAAUUCUUUCAAGGCAUAACAUAAAAGACCAUUCGGAGCAGGCACAGCCGACAAAAAUUAGUGCCACGACAGGCUCCUGUCGCUUUUCCUUGUACAGUAGGCGUUACGCACGACAAUGAAUAUCGAUGCAGGAGGUGAAGAAAGAGUUCUACUUUGCCACCGGUUUUUGUUCGAUAGAAAACCUGUUUUUCAGCAAACCCACCAGAAGCAACAGGCGGUUUUUCCGACCCUGUUACAGGGGGACAACAACAUGACGAUCAACCUGGAGCAUUCAUCCCAGCCGCUACCGCAGGCGCAGAAAACGUCGACGUUUCUCCUGCAGGACUUUGUGCCGAAGUCUAGUUUGAGCAGUUUCGAACGGGACCGCGUCGUGCCCCUCGAGGAUAUGCGCAGACUGUAUAAAAAACGGCCUUCGGGCUUAUUUUCUUUUUUUGGAUUUGAUAAGGUGAAAAUCCUCAUCCUCCAUGAGCCUGAGUUGUUGAAAAUAAAUAAUUGCUGACAUUCUAGUACAGCAGCGUCGAAUUUUUAUCGACUAACUUCAAAUGCGAGAAUGAAAAAAUCCACGAAAAAACCGCACAGGAAAGAGUCCGUCUUACGUGAGUGCCGGGUGUGAAUUCUUCAAAAUGGACCAGCGGGUUUGUAUAGGAUACUAUACAAUCAGCAGUUAACAGCACGGAGGAAUAGUAGCAGCACUUAAAAAACGAGCAUGCAGACGCUGACCAGUAUGUCAUGAAGAUGCGUCAGCUUCUUUUAGUCUCGCACUAGAGGAGGCUGUAUUGCAGCGUCACAAUCUGCCAUACUUUGAAAAAUUCACAUUUUUGCCUCCCAUACGUCCACCAAGGUGAAGAACGCAAGAAGCCUAAACAAGAAAAAAAAGCAGAAGCACCGAAGACUCUUGUGCAUGAUUGGCUGUGUCAGAAGUGAUACUUACAUGAUGAUAUAAACUUGCACCUGGUUCUUUGGCAGAACGAUAACUACAGACAUCUACACCUGUCGAGAGGGGGGAGCAGAGCCAUCGACCACGAACGCAUUAGGUCGUUCUGCGGAUAGAUACAUACUGCAGUUACUUCUUCCGCAUAGCCCCGCAGUUGGGUACAUCAUCAUCAUGAUGCUUUAUUGGGUCUGUCGUCGGGAGUUAGCAUUUUUUGUUGGAUAAAACUGCGCACCAUCCACGUGACGCAGAAGGAAAUGACGGAGCGGAUCUCCCGGCCGCAGAGUCGAUAUCAAAAAAAAAAUGUCUGGGUCUGGACACUUGUGAUGCUGGGUGGCGUCUCAUGAUGAGGCUACAAAUGCUGGCUCAGCAAGACAAGUUUCUGAGCUCCUAGGUGUUGCCUAUUCUGCAUGACAAACUGCGCUUCUGCAUCACAGAAAAGCGGAGCUCUUGGGUAACGUGCGUGACAGAUUCAAGAGUCAUGCCAGACAAGCAUGACAGACGUGAAUUCUUCCAGACCCAGACAUUUUUGCACUUGAUAGUCGAGAUAUGGUGUCGAUCAGGGUCGGGUCCCGGGACCGAUUGUAUCGCCAUUUCAACAGUAGCCGCAGAUCGCUGAACAGCACCAUCGAGUAACGGGACCAUGUGCCGCUGGAAAAUCCGAUAUUUUAGUUUUUUCUCUUCAGUACGACAUCAUGUCAUUGUUUUCAAGUAAAGAACUACAUUGAUAGAAAUUUCGCAAGUGGUGCAACUACUUGAAAGGUUGACCAUCAUUUUCCAAUCGAGUUUUUUUUGUCCUUUUCGGCCAGCAUUGUCAUUUUAUCGAAAACAAGUCAGGUUUCCUUCCUGUGAAGACUAAGGCGGGAGGGAAGAAGAAAAAAGUUUGUUAUUGUUUCACAAAUUGAUGAUAUCUCGAUUUUUUUGUCUUUUUCAGAUGUAAAAGACACCUGUAAAAUUACUAUUGUGCUUGUUGCAUACGACAACUUCGAUUUGGUGAUAUUGGUGAGGAAGAGGACUACUAUUGAAUGAACACGACAAAUUUUUUAGAAAAUCUGUUUUUUUUCGUAGUGUGCUUCGUUGUGAUCAAAGCAUUAGCAUGAUCGCCUCGUUGCACUAAAAAUGUUUUUCAUUUUCCUAGCCGCCCCCGGGCCAUUUCGAGAAGUGAUAGAUUUCUGGCGGCUUUUCGCAUGGAGUCUGAACCUGACGCUAAGCAGGCAGACAGGGGCCAGCUCCGGGUCUCGCUAAGAAGGCGACGUGUGAGAAGUCGGUGCAUAGCUUUUUAGAGAAGCCUAUGGCUAAGACAUUGUCAUGAACACAGAGAGCGUUUCAGUAGAGGAAAACACCGACUAUAAUACCAAACUGUACGAUGAGAUUGAACAACCGCGGAGUUCCUUCAAUAUAAUUGCUGCUAGAUGCAUCUUCAGAAGUCGUCAGAUUGCAGGCCGUUUUGCAGUUGUAAGCGUGUACUGGCGAGCAGGAUUGUUUUGACAUAUAUGAAACUUGAUGGAGCUCCU